AGCAUUUUUUGGGUUUACUCCCUAUUAGGGAUUUCUGAAGCAUCUGAUAAUCAAGAUUCUGUUUUUGACUAUAUAGAGAUCAGCGUUUUCAAGAAGACCCAACUAGCCAAAUUCUGAUUUGGGAUUCAAUUUGGUUGUUCCGACGAAAAAUGAAUUUCAGAAGCAUGGAAGAAUUCUGGGCUUUCUAUGUGAACCAGCACUCAAAGCCAGCAACAAGGCGUUGGCAUUUUGCUGGAACUCUCACUAGUAUUCUCUGCUUGAUCUACUCCUUAUGCUUCAAUUGGUGGUGUGUAUUUCUUGUGCCUUUAUUUGGCUAUGGUUUUGCUUGGUACAGUCAUUUCUUUGUCGAAGGGAAUGUCCCGGCCACGUUCGGGCAUCCCUUCUGGUCUCUCAUGUGUGAUUUUAAGAUGUUUGGAUUGAUGCUUACUGGUCAAAUGGAUAGAGAGAUCAAGAGGCUUGGUAAGAGGCCUAUCUUGCAGGUGUUUUGAUCCUCCUUUUAGAUUUUCUUUUUUCUUCAACAUAUAUCUGUAAUAGCACGAAUGCUUAUUUUUUUCCCCUUUCCAUUCAAACUCCUACUGUUAGAAUAUUGAUGCUCUCCUUUACCUUUUGAUUUGGGAUUUAGUUUGUUUUGUUGAAUAUAUGUGGAAUUGAUGAUGAAUGUUAAGUACAACACGUUUAUAUUUCAUUUUCGAAGAA